GGACAAAGCCCCAUCUUUUGGCAUGCCCCUGAAUCCCUCGCAGAUAAUAUAUACUCCAGAGAAUCAGAUGUAUGGAGUUUUGGGGUCCUUUUGUAUGAACUCUUCACCUACUGUGAAAGAAGUUGCAGCCCAUCAGCAGAAUACCGCCGUAUGAUGGGGCCUCACAAUUCCCAGCAAACAGUAUGUGCACUUGUAGAAAUGCUACGAGCUGAAAAAAGAUUGCCUUCACCACCAAACUGUCCUGCACAGGUACAUAAGAUGAUGCUCUCAUGCUGGUCUUUCGUCCCUUCUGAGAGGCCUUCAUUUAGUGUUCUGGAGCACCAAUGUGAGCAACUGAGGAAGAUGAUCCAGAGUGGAGCUGAAUAUACAACAGAUUAUAAUUUAAUACCUGAUAGACUGAAUUCUGCUUAA